UUUACUAGGCCAAGAACUAUUUGAACUAUUAAAUGACACACAAGUGUGGAUUGGAGUGUCUUGGCUCAACUGGCGAUUCCUUGACGGAACAAACGUUUCCUCACUGUGGGUAAACUUCACACCCUCACUGGAUGAUGGCUGCUUGAUCUGGAACCAGACUGGUUUAGCAACUACAGACUGUUUUCAAACUGUUUCCAAAGGGCUUUAUGGGCUUUGUGAAAAAAAACCCCCACGUGUAGCUACAGCGACCCCUGGUCCUGAAGUCAGCUGCACAACCCAGUCACGGACGCUGUCAGCCAUGGUUGACUCAAACAGUUUAUUUGGUGUAUAUAUUGGGGUCGGUGUGAGUGCUGGGAUUCUCCUCGUCGUGGGUAUUGUCCUGAUCGUCGUCUGCAGGGUUCGCGGAUCACGUCGGACAGACAGGUCGUCCAGUCUCGACUAUCAGACAGAGUACACCGAUGACAGAUACGCAGUAACCUCCCCUGACCUGACAGCGGGUAGCACGACGGCUAACCUCGUGGAAGGAGACACACAGGCAUCGAAUAUAAACCAGCGAGAUUCCUUUUCCGACCUUUAUUCCAAAGUCAACAAGACGCCCCUAAAUACAACUGCAAUAAAUGGCAUGGGUUAUUCUGCCACAAGUGUUGAUGUCCAAACACCAACCUCUGACGCUGCCAUUUCAUUCCUUGGAGAUCAGAUUAAUCCUGUGUAUGAUCAUCUCAGUAUUCCAAAUGCAAAACGCACACGUGGCAUUGAUACAUCUUCCACCUAUAACCACGUGGCGAAUGAGGCGGGGCGUGGAGAUGGGGUGGGGCAGAAUGACUAAUGACUGGGGAACGGGCAAAAGCUGAACAAUAGUAGGCCUAUUGGCUUUCUAUUUCUUGAUGAACACCAGUAACUGUUUUGUUUUCGUUUUUUUUUUUUUGGUUUUUUUAGCUUUUUCUUGACUUUCUAUUUUGAUAAUAUCUAUGUCCUCAAAGUUUAUGUAUAAUUUACUACUUUAAUGAUGUCAAACUAUGAAAUCGUCUAUACCUAGCUCAAGGCAUCUUAAUGUGGAUUGUGUCUGUGACCUACUGUUAGACACCAUGAAUGUAGGUUAUACAUUCCGUUAAAUAUGUGUCACGAAUGUAAGAUACAUUAUAUAAUUACCACUGUAAUUAAGGCGUUACAUAUAGGAGAACAUUUGGAGGCGGUAAGUGUUUAGUUACGUUUUUUUUUAAUGUGUUUACGACCUUUACAAUGUUCUUAAUAUAACUAAAUAAAAAUGCAAUUAUACGUACUCUCAGAUGUACUGAAAGCUGAGUGCUGGCACUGAUUUAAAUCAUUUAACACCAUUUAAAACUUACAUAUAAAAGAAAUGAUUUAACAUUGUUAAGCCAUGGACUGUCAUACAUUUCUUGAUCGUAAUUAAAUUUGUAUAUAAUGUUUCCGAGCUUUGUUUCUUCCUUUAUGGACAGUCGUUUUAGACUGGUCGAGUCUUCAGAUUGCAGAAGAAGUUUUAAUUCAGCUUGCUUUGAGUAGACAUAAGGGCAAAUUUUAUAUUUUACUCUUACAUCCUUUAGUUUUGGAUAGACGAACAGAAAGUGAUAUUCAUCACCUGUGCAACCUUUUUUACAAGCUUUAUAGAGACGCUGUGACCUGUCAGUUUUAGACCAUCUUCCUGUUUCGAUCGGAAAUCUGUGACUGGAUGUCUGAAAUUUACUAAGGGCUUUUCUGUGGAUUUCAUUAAGUGACAGAAGAUAUUGUUCAAGGCGGAAGUCUGUUUGUAUAUCUUAAUAUAUAUUCUUCCCUUGGAAGAUGAUUCAAUAUUACUGAAUCAUUUCUGGAGGAACUGAUCUUUGUGUGUUCCAGGGCUUUUAAGAGACAGGUUGCACUGUUUACAGCU